AUGUCACAAGAAGAAGCCCAUUCUAGUGCAUCCACUGCUGAUGCCAAUGUGCAUGAUGUUGAAGCUAAAUACGAACAAGAACAGCCAGUGGAUAAUGAAGACCAAGUACACCACAGUGCCAACGAGUUGAACCAAAAACCACUUAAAGCAUACGUUGGUGUCAUUAUUAUGUGUUUCCUUAUCGCUUUUGGUGGUUUUGUUUUUGGUUUCGAUACCGGUACCAUUUCUGGAUUUAUUAAUAUGACUGAUUUUAAACAGAGGUUUGGUCAACAAAAGUCAGAUGGUACCUACUACUUUUCCAAUGCCAGAACUGGUUUGAUUGUUGCCAUGUUUAAUGCCGGUUGUGCUGUUGGUGCUUUGUUUUUGUCCAAAGUUGGUGAUGUAUUUGGUCGUAGGCUUGGUAUUGCCGGUACUAUGAUCAUCUAUGUUGUUGGUAUCAUUGUGCAAAUUUCGUCCUCAAAUAAGUGGUACCAAAUUAUGAUUGGAAGAAUUUUCACUGGUAUUGCUGUUGGAUGUUUGUCUGUUUUGUGUCCACUUUUCAUUUCAGAAGUUGCACCAAAACACUUGAGAGGUACCUUGGUUUGUUGUUUCCAAUUGAUGAUUACAUUAGGUAUCUUUUUGGGUUACUGUACUGAUUAUGGUACCAAGCAAAGUUACUCUGACUCAAGACAAUGGAGAAUCCCAUUAGGCUUAUGUUUUGCUUGGGCUUUGUUGUUGGUUGGAGGUAUGAUUCGUUUGCCAGAAUCUCCUCGUUAUCUUGUUGGUAAGGAUAAGAUUGAUGAUGCCAAGAAUGCAUUGGCCAGAACCAACAAAGUGUCACCAGAAGACCCAGCCUUGUAUGCCGAAUUACAAUUGAUUCAAGCUGGUGUUGAAAGAGAAAGAUUGGCUGGUAAUGCCGGGUGGAUGACUUUGAUCAAAGGUAAGCCAAGAAUUCUCGAGAGAGUUUUUGUUGGUCUUAUGUUGCAAUGUUUACAACAAUUGACUGGUGAUAACUAUUUCUUCUACUACAGUACCACUAUUUUCCAAGCUGUCGGUUUGAAUGACUCUUUUGAAACGUCCAUUGUCAUUGGUGUUAUCAACUUUGCUUCCACAUUCUUGGGUAUUUAUUUGAUUGAAAAAUUAGGAAGAAGACAAUGUUUGCUCGUUGGUUCUGUUGGUAUGUCUAUCUGUUUCUUGAUUUACGCAUUGAUUGGUACCCAACACUUGUACUACCAUGGAAGCAGUGGUGCCACCAGACAUCCAGAUGGUGAUGCUAUGAUUUUCAUUACCUCACUUUACGUUUUCAUCUUUGCUUCCACCUGGGCUGGUGGUGUUUACUCCAUUGUUUCAGAAUUAUACCCAUUACAAGUAAGAUCAAAGGCUAUCGGUGUUGCUAGUGCAGGUAACUGGGUUUUCGGAUUCCUUAUUUCGUUCUUCACCUCAUUCAUCACCAGUGCAAUCCAUUUCUACUACGGGUUUGUCUUUUUUGGAUGUUUGCUUUUCUCGAUCUUUUUCGUUUACUUUAUGGUAUAUGAGACUAAAGGUCUUACAUUAGAAGAGGUUGAUGAAUUAUAUGCAGCUAGGGUUGUUCCAUGGAAGUCAUCCAGCUGGACACCACCACCAGAAGAAGAAAUGGCUCAUUCGACCGGUUACGCUGCUUACGCUAAACCUGAAGAAGAACAUGUUCAAGAUACUGUAUGA